AUGGUGGACAACAGUGUGACCAGCUCCGCACCGCUGUCUGGGGGCACGCGCCUGGAGGCGGUGAUGGAGAAUCUGCAGCGGCAGCAGGCAGCGCGGCUGCGGCAGGCGGAGAAGGAGCUGCAGAGUCAGAGGCAGCAGGCCCUGCUGAGGCACUACCAGGCAGCAGUGCGCUUCACCCCCAGCCUGGGCCCCCUCAUGGCCCCUGGCAUGGCCCCUGGCAUGGCCCUGGGGCUGCGCGGACACUCCAGGGCCCACAGUGAGGAGCAGGACGACUCUGAGGAAGAGGAGCCGCUGGAGGAAGAGGAGGAGGAGCGCUUCUCUACACAACCCCUUAUCAGCAGAGUCCCCCCGGGGCUGGUCCCUGCUGUUCCUCCGGGGCUGGUCCCGGUCCAGUCCAUGCAUCCAGAGUCUCCUCAGAACCCACAGCACGAGUGGACCUACGAGGAGCAGUUCAAGCAGCUGUACGAGUUGGACAACGACGAAAAACGUAAAGAGUUCCUGGACGACCUGUUUGGAUUCAUGCAGAAGAGAGCCCGCCUCCCCCCGCCCUCACCCCGCCCUCACCCGCCUCCCCCCGCCCUAACCCCGCCCUCAUCCCGCCCUCAUCCUGCCCUCAUCCCGCCCUCACCCCGCCCUAACCCCACCCUCACCCCACCCUCACCCCGCCCUCCCCCCCACCCUCACCCCGCCCUCCCCCCGCCCUCACCCCGCCCUCACCCCGCCCUCCCCCCCCCCACCCGCCCCCCCCCCCUAACCCCGCCCUCACCCCGCCCUAACCCCGCCCUCACCCGCCCUACCCCGCCCUCACCCCGCCCUAACCCCGCCCUAACCCCGCCCUCACCCCGCCCUCACCCCGCCCUAACCCCGCCCUAA